CGGGCCAGUCGCACAGGUGCGGGGCGGGCCAUUCGCACCUGCCGGUGCCCCGCGGCCGGCGGGGCGCGCUGCGGCCGCGCUGCGCGGAGCUGGCGGCAGCAUGGCCCGCCUGCUGGGCACCCUGCGCAGCUCCCAGCCCGUGGCGCGCUUCCAGCGCUCCUGCGGGCUCUUCCCCGCCGGCGAGGAGCGCGGCGACCCCGCGGAGGGGCCCCGGGAGCGCCGCGCCUGCAAUGGAGCGGGUGCGCUGCGCUGCCCGGCCGGCUCCGGCCGCGCUGUGCCCGGCCCGCAGGAUUGCACACAGAAGUAUAUUGUGAAGAACUACUUCUACUACUACUUGUUCAAGUUUUCAGCUGCUUUGGGUGAAGAGAUUUUUUAUAUCACUUUCCUUCCAUUUACCUACUGGAAUAUAGAUCACUCUGUGUCUAGAAGAAUGAUAAUUGUUUGGUCUAUAGUGAUGUACAUAGGCCAGGUCUCCAAGGACAUCCUCAAGUGGCCUCGUCCCCUGUCACCACCUGUCGUGAAGCUGGAGAUGAGGACGAAUGCAGAGUAUGGGAUGCCUUCCACCCACGCCAUGGCAGCCACAGCCAUCUCCUUCUCCUUCUUCAUUGCCACCAUGAACCAGUACAAGUAUCCAUUGGAGCUGGGCCUGGUGGCAGCGUUGGUGUUCUCCACGUUGGUGUGUCUGAGCAGGCUCUACACAGGGAUGCACACAGUCCUGGAUGUGAUUGGAGGAGCACUGAUUUCGGCCGUGCUGCUCGUGCUCCUGUAUCCUGCGUGGGACACAAUCGAUCACUUGCUGUUAACCAGCCCCUUCUGCCCACUGCUCUCCAUAGCUGUGCCUCUUGUCUUGUGUUACAACUACCCCAAACUAGACUAUUACAGCCCCACCAGGGGAGACACCACAACGAUCCUAGGAGCAGCAGCUGGGGCAACUGUGGGGUUUUGGUUAAACAACCAGUGCGCUGCUUCAGCCUACACCAGCAAAAGCGAUCAGGCCGGCUUUCCUCUGCUCACCAGCACUUUGGUGCUUGUGCUGGCCAGGUUCCUGGUGGGGAUCUGGGUUGUGCUGCUGACACGCUGGCUCACCAAGAGCCUGGUCCUCGGCAUGCUGAGCUAUCAGUUCCAGUUCCCCCUGGGGGACCUGGCAGCGCGCAGACGCCGGGAGGUCGAGGUGCCCUACAAGUUUGUCACCUACUCCUGCGUUGGCUUCACGGCCACCGUGCUUGUGCCGCUGCUGCACGAGCUGCUGGGACUGCUGUGAGCACAGCUCUGCUCUGGAGACACUGUCCAGCCUGGGCUCCAGCACAAAGGGACUGCCUUCCUGCACUGCUGGGCUGGGCUGGGCUCGGGCUGGAUGCCAGCUGCUCGCCAGAGCUGCUCCACACUCCCCUCCCUCCAGGGAGAGAAAUACAGCCUGAGGAUCAUGGCUCCAGACAAGGGCAGGGAGAGAUCACUCAGCAGCUUUACUGCCACAGGCAAAACAGGGACUUGGGGAAAUAAGUUUAAUUUAUUACCAAACUAAUCAGAGCAGGAUAAUAAGAAAUAAAACCAAACAUUACAACCACUUUCCACCUACCCCUUCCCUUUUUUCUAGGCUCAACUUUCCUCCUGAAGUCUCUCCCUCCUGCUACCCACCAUCCCAGGGAAAUGGAGGGUAGAGUCAGUUCAUCACAGGCUGCUGCUGCUGCUCCUUCCUCCAGGGGUAGGACCCCUCACACUCCUCCCCUGCUCCAGCACAAGGUCCCUCCCACAGAACACAGCUCUCCAAAAACCUCUCCAAUGUGAAUUUUUCCAUGGACUGCGCUUUUCCAUCCAUCACGGGUCCCCUGAGGGAUCACAAGUCCAGGAGCCUGUUUCAGCCUGGUCUUCAAACCCUUCUUAGGAGAUCCCCCUGCUUCAGUGUGGGUCCCCCACUGAUUGCAGGUGGAUCUCUGCUCCCCAUGGACCUCCAUGAGCUGCAGGGGCACAGCUGCCUCACUCAGGGGAGUCUCUGCUCUGGCACCCAGAGCAUCUCUUCCUCUUUCUUCUGUGAUCUUGGUGUCUGCAGAGUUGUUUCUCUCCCAUAUCUCUGUCUGCCUGCAGUUGUGCAGGCUUUUCCUCUCUUCUUAACUCUGUUUUCCCAGAGGUGCUGCUACUGUCACUGAUGGGCUCAGUCUUGGCCAGCAGAGGAUCUGCCUGGAAUCCAGCUGGCAUUGGUUCUGUUGGACACAGGGGAAGCUUCUGGCACCUUCUGAGAGAAGUCACCCCUAUAGCCACCCCCUGCCAGUACCAUGCCCUUGCCACACAAACACAAAGCAAUGGCCCAAAAUAUCUGACUUGGAGGAGUCAUGGGAAUUGCUGUGCACAGAUAACUUCUGGUUAGAAAUCACAACUCCACUGUGUCCCAUAAUCAGACACCCUUCACCCAGGCAACUAAAUAUGACAAGCACACAGCCAAAAUCCCUGCCAGAGCAGUAGCAAUGGCUGUUUGCUGUGGGGGCUGGGGUUGCUGGGGAGGGCUGUGCCUUGCCUGCCUGGCUGUGGGGCUGCUCCUGAAGCAGCAGAGCAAGCCAAGGCAGGGCUCAGGUUUGGGGCAUGGGGGAAAAAGUGGCUGGCAGGGUGGGGGGAGAGGUGACCAGGCAAGAACAAAGUGUCAUCAUUGGGCAAAGCUCACAGUGUCUUCUGAUGGCACUGCCAGAACAGGUUGCUUCUGUGUGGAUGGUUUUACUCAUUAUUACAAUCUAAAAAAAAACAAACCCAAAAUGUAAAAGAGAAGGAAAAGCUAACACAAAAUAUUUAAUGUGAUUUGCAACAGAGCCUCCAUUAAAAGAUCCUCUGCCUACAAACAAUUGAGCAGAGUUAUUAUCAUAGCACUGAGGCUUGAGUUCAGACUGUUUAACUCCAGUUUAGUUCCCCUGGCUUGGGGAAAGGAAAAAGUCCUUCCUGUCAUGCAGGCUGGCAAGGAGAGCCCAUAAACUGUGCUGUGGAAGGAGCUGAGCAGAGACUCUGGUGACUACAGUGUGUGACAAUGAUAAGAUGCCAUCCUGUCCUGCUGCUGCACAACAUCACAGUUGGUCUCCCAUGCAUCCUGCAACACUGUAUGUACACUUGUAGAAUAGCAGGGAGGCAUCCAUAGGAAGGUCAUCCCUAUAACUCAUGCUGCUUAUUUAAAACAAUGUGUUUCAGCUGUUGGACCCAUGAGCUGUUGAGAAAUACAGCAGUGAACGUGGUCUGCUUGGCUGGGAAAAUGUCCUGUGCUAUUGCUGCAGAGCUUCAUGGCCCCUGUGCCUUGCCUGGCAGAAUGUAGUGAGAGCCAGCUUGCUAACAUGUCCACUUGUCUUCCUGGCUGUGAGAAAAAUGACCCUGAAGAAUGGAAAGGAGGUGCCUUGCCUUCCACUGACUGCCUGGAUAAACAUAAUAAAUUCCAAAUCUGUAGCUGGGAGCUCUGUCUGAGGAGUGUGAGGCAUGCACGUGAAAGAGCUGUGCCUCUCUGAACCCAGGCUGCCAAUCUCCAGAAGAAAUGCAGGCAGAAAUUUUAACCAUUUUUAGAUUUGCUCAGGCUGUGGAUAAGCUGUUUUAUAUCAGGUUGUGUGGACUUUAUAGGUGCAUGCACAUGGCCACUCACACCUGCCCCUGGGUGGGGCAGGACGUGGGCCACCACAGCCAUGGGCUCCAUCAGCCUCUCUCCCCCAUACACCACAGAAGUGCUGCCAUCAGGUUUAAAACACCUUUAAACCCCUUGUGUUAGGAGUGCUGCCUGACACACAGGUGCAGUGCACAGCUGGAGCCCUGCAGAGGGGCCACGUCACAAAACCAGGGAAAAAGCAGCAAGAUGAGGGUUUAAGCUGGGGGGUGGAAUUACUCCCAAGAAAGGCACAGUUUGACAGGGAUGUUCAUGCAGCUUUAUGUGCAAAAUUUCUGUUCUGAUUCACAGCUAUUUUAUGCUAUCAAGAUUUUAUAAAUUAUAUAUAAAUGCUGCACAGGUAUUUUUAUAGUAUCCACCUGCAUGUGAUUCAUGCAAUAAAUGCAAACUCUAUUUGGUUCGAAUUUUAAAAUAAACCUAUUUUGCAGA